CCUUAAGCCUUAAGCUAAGGAUUAAUCAUAGAGAUGGAAGUCCAAAUUAUGAGUAGAGAAACCAUCAAACCUUCUUCUCCAACUCCAGAGCACUUAAGAACCUAUAAGCUUGGUCUUUUUGAUCAGUUAGCCUCUCCUAUUUACGUCCCCAUUACUCUCUUUUACUCGGCUAGAGAUGGAAAUCCUGGAAUGAAUUCUGAUCACCUCAAAAAGUCCCUAUCCAAAUCCUUAACCCAGUUUUACCCUCUUGCUGGUAGGAUCAAGGAUGAUCACUUGACCAUCGAUUGUAAUGACGAUGGUGCCACUUUUAUUGAAGCUCAGGUGGCCUGUGACUUGUCGUUUGUGCUUGAAGAUCCAGAGAUUGAAGUUCUACAACUGCUGUUACCGUGUAAUCCGCUCGAACAUUUACCUCAUCAAUCUCAAUCAAUUACUGAUCAGGUUAUACUUGCUGCUCAAGUCAACUAUUUUGCUUGUGGUGGCAUGGCAAUUGGUGUUUGUAUUAGUCAUGUUAUAGCUGAUACAUCAGCUGCAGCCCACUUUCUAAAAGCCUGGGCUGCAGUUGCUUUUGGAGCUGACAACAUUGAGGGCGUGAUUUAUGAUUGUAGCUCUCACUUCCCUCCGCAAGAUUUAUCAUUCUAUUACAGGGUUAUGAGCCUUUUAGAGGAAUACAAUAAUGUGGAAUCAUCUGAAGAUGAAGUUGUUACAAAGAGGCUUUUGUUUGAUGGCUCUAAGAUUGCUGAUCUAAGAAAUGAAAUGGGAUCAGAUGGACUGAACUUGUUUCGUCCAACGCGUGUUGAGGCUGUGACCGCCCUUAUUUGGGAAGCCUUGAUAACUGCAACGGCUGAAAACGAUCGAACUUCUCAGAUACUUGAGGCAUCCAUUGCUGUGAAUAUGAGGAAGAGAAUGAAUCCCCCACUCCCAGAACAAUGUAUUGGUAGUAUUUGUUUCGUCACAAAUGCAAGAUCACACAACGAGAAGAUCGAAAACCGCAGUCGUCUAUCCAGGAAAAUCCACGAGUCAAUAAACGAGAUAGAUGAUGAGUAUAUAAGAAAGAUAUACACAAGUGGUGAAUGCUUUAAUAAAUUUAUGGAGAAAUCAUAUGAAGAAUAUGAAAAGAAUCCAAAAAUAGGGGUGUUCUAUUUCACCAGUUGGUGCAGAUUUCCAUUUUAUGAAACUGAUUUUGGAUUCGGAAAACCCAUUUGGGUUGUAGGUGGUUUGAGGGUUAACAGGAUUGCCUGUUUUCUGGAUACAAGUGAUGGUGAAGGUAUAGAAGCAUGGAUAUCAUUGACCAAAGAAGAAAUGGCCAAACUUGAACAACAACCUGGAAUCCUUGCUUAUGCCACUUUCUAGCCAAGCAUAUGAAAAAUUAUUAACUUCUCAUGAUUAUAGGGAAUAAAUAUUACUACAAUUAUGUGUACUUUUCUCUUCAAUAAGUUGCAUUCAAAAUAUGUUCCUGUCAGAUCAAAGGAAUAUGGUUUGAUAAAUAUCUUGCAAUACAAGUUUAGCCUUUACAAAUGACAAUUCAUUCUGAUG